ACUGACAAUUCAUCUUUCUUCUUAUCUUAUCAUGAAAAUUGUAAUAAUUACUAUUAUAUAUGGGUUUUUUAUGAAAAUUUUCAUUUGUCCUAAAUACAAAUCAUGAAAAUGAAGUUACUACCAAUUUUAAUACCUCUUCUUUCCAUUAUAUCAAUAAAAGCUGAUUGUGAAGUUGGUACUGAAGUCAUAUGUUACUGGGGAUCUUGGUCUAUAUAUAGAACAGGAGAAGGAUUAUUUACAUCAGAGAAUAUAGAUACGGAAAUAUGUACAACUAUAGUUUAUUCUUUUGCUGGACUUGAUUCAAACUUAGAAUUGGUUUCUUUGAAUAUUGAUGCUGACAUCGAUAAAAAUGGAUUCAAAAAUUUAACCGACUUGAAAAAGAUAAACCCUUGUCUGAAAGUCGUUUUAGCUGUAGGAGGAUGGAACGAAGGCUCCAUGAAAUACUCAAUAAUGGCUGGUGACGAAUAUCUACGUAAUAGAUUCGUCGAUAACGUUUUAGCGUUCAUGGCUUAUUACGAAUUUGACGGUCUGGAUCUCGAUUGGGAAUAUCCCACAACGCGAAAAGGAAUACCAGAAGACGGGAAGAAUUUGGUAUUGUUAUUGAAGGAGCUAAGAUCUAAGAUGUCACCAUAUGGAUUGAAACUAUCCAUCGCCGUACCUAUUGAUGAAAAUUUGAUACAAACGGGAUACUUAGUCACAGAAAUAGCUGAUUACGUUGAUAUGGUUAAUCUCAUGGCGUACGAUUACGUAGCUUCCGAUUCCAAAGUAACUGGACUAUCUUCUCCUCUAUCUGAAAUAAAAGAAACCGUUUCUAAAUGGUUAGCUGCUGGUCUUCCUUCUAAGAAACUAGCACUUGGUAUUCCAGCAUAUGCUAAAAAUUUCGUGCUGGAAGAUCCUGAUAACCACAACAUUGGUGCACCAGUUCAAAGUAUCGGCGAAGCAGGACCAUACACGCAAGAACAAGGUUUAUUAGCAUAUUUCGAGGUUCUGCAAAUACUGAAUGACUGGAAUGGAAUUAUCACUGUUAAAAAUGUAGACGAUACUAACUAUGCUUUUUAUGAUAACGAAUGGUUCACUUUUGAUAACGACAGUACCGUUCGUAGUAAGGUGAAAUAUGCGUUGGAAAAUCAUCUUGGUGGUAUAAUGUUAUGGGCACUAGAGCUGGAUGAUUUUAAAGGUGUGCAUGGUGAAGCGUACCCUUUAUUGAAGGCUAUACGAGAUGGGAUUUCUGAUUUUAAUCAUUGAUAGAGAAUUUGUAAUAUAUUGAAAAAGAAAUACGAUUCUUGAAGAUAUUGUCAGUUUAUUUCUACCUCUACAAUUUUUUUUAUCAUAUCCUGCGUAAAAAUAACGAUUAUAUUUCGAAAAAAUGGAAAAUUUCUGAUAAAAUCAUAUGGGACAAAAACAGAUGUUUCCAUCGAGUGUUUGGCAAUAUUUUACAGAAUUUUUGCGCAGUUUUAUAACCAUGGAUGAAACGUGGGUCCAUCACUUCACACCCGAAACAAAAAAACAAGCAAAAAAAUGGACUGAAAAGGGAGAACCAGCUCGAAGGAAGAUCAUUCCAUCUGCAGGCAAUCUUUUUCAUCGACUAUCUUGAAAAAGGAAGAAUUAUCAAAGGCGAGUAUUUUGAGUGAAUAAAUCAAGCAAAAACUGCCGCAUUUGGCUUAAAAGAAAAUGAUGUUUCAUCAAGACAAUGCACCAGCUCACAUAUAAGGAGUGCAAAAUAAGCGAGCGGAGUUCGAAGCUGAAAAAUGUAUCAUUAACAAUGCAAACAUGAUUUUCAAAAUACUUCAUCUCUUUUUAUUAUUAAACAUCAUUGGUUUCUUAUCUCAGAACUUAAAAUAACUCUUUAUAGGGUGUCCUUCUAAUAGAGUUUCCAUAUUAUGGUUUCAUUCAAUAUCUACAUAACUGGUUUUCAACUUUUUCCAUUGUUUUAUUUGAUAUUAUAAUCUAUAAUUCGUAUAAAUUAACUGUCAUACUUCAUACAAAUCGUCAUUUAAAUGGGUCUUUAGGCCGGCCCUGUCCAUCUAUAAUGGAAUUUCAAAAUUCGGCGAAAUCGAGCGGCGAUUUAUGAAUGGUGGACGCGCCUUUGAUGAACUUUUUAUUAUAGAAAGCGAUUUAUUUACAGUUUUAUUUUCAAAUAAUUUCCAGAGAAGUAUAAUUAUUAUUUUUCAGUUUCUUUUCGCUCCAGAACUAGAACUAAAUUCAUAAAUGUCAAAAUCAUGAUUAUGAAUAAAGUUUUUAUUAAUCCAA